AUGAGUACUAGUGCGCGACGCCGUUUGCUUCGGGAUUUCAAGAGGCUCCAAAAUGAUCCUCCUUCAGGCGUGACGGGUGCCCCGAUGGACACGAACAUUAUGCUCUGGCAGGCAGUCAUCUUUGGCCCCGACGACACUCCUUGGGAAGGAGGCACGUUCAAGCUGACGCUCGAGUUUACGGAAGAUUACCCCAACAAGGCUCCUCAGGUCCGCUUCUUGACCAAGAUGUUCCAUCCCAACAUUUACAAUGAUGGUCAGAUUUGUUUGGAUAUUCUGCAGAAUCAGUGGAGUCCUAUCUAUGAUAUUUCGGCCAUUCUGACAUCCAUUCAGAGUUUGCUCUGUGAUCCCAACCCGGCGUCGCCAGCCAACUCGGAGGCGAGUCGUCUGUACAAUGAAAAUAGACGUGAAUACAAUCGUCGUGUCCGGGAAAUUGUGGAACAGAGUUGGCUCGAUGAAUCAUGA